UAUCGGUCUCAAUGCGGACAAAGGGACUCUGCAUGUGAAAGACAGGAUUGAUAGAGAGGAGCUGUGCGCCCAAGUGGCUCCKUGUUCGUUACAUUUCCAGAUAAUUCUUGAAAAUCCCGUUGAACUUCACCGUAUUGACGUAGAGAUAUUAGAUAUAAACGACAAUUCUCCAGUAUUUCCAAGUAAAGAAAUUCGAUUACAGAUUAGUGAGGUGUCUCUGUCUGGUGCCCGUUUUCCGCUAGAGAAUGCUAUGGAUCCUGACGUCGAAAUGAAUUCCAUUCAAACAUAUUCCCUUCUUCCGAGUGAUCAUUUCACUCUGAAGCAACAUUCGCACUCUGAUGGCAGUAAAUAUUUAGAAAUGGUACUUCAAACGAUGCUGGACAGGGAAACGAAUGAGCAACAUWCUUUAGUGUUAACUGCUGUGGAUGGAGGUACUCCUCAGAAGUCGGGCACGGUCAAAAUAUACAUAGAAGUAUUGGAUAUAAAUGAUAAUGCACCCGUAUUUAGCUCUGUCCUUUAUAAAUCCUCUUUAUCCGAAGAUUCGCCUAAAGGGACUGUGAUUUUGAGAGUCAGUGCUACCGAUUCAGAUAAAGGGACAAAUGGAGAGGUUGUGUAUUCUUUUUCCCAUUCCACUGUUAGCGCGUCAGAUCUUUUUACUAUUGAUCCUCUUACRGGGGAAAUCAAAGUUAACGGUAAAUUAGAUUUCGAAACUAACAAACAACAUAAAAUAAGUGUGCAAGCAAUGGAUCGGGGUUCUCUUACAGAUUCUUGUAAAGUACAGAUAGACGUUUUGGACAUCAAUGACAACGACCCUCUAAUUACAUUAAUAACCRUUUCUAACCCAAUACCUGAGGACGCGUCACCAGAGACAGUUAUAGCAAUGCUGAACAUUAAAGAUUUAGACUCCGGUAGAAAUGGACACAUCAAAUGUUCCMUAAACUCGGAUUUACCUUUUCGUAUUAAGUCAUCCUCUUCCAACAUCUACAGUUUGGUCACAGAUCAGAUGUUGGACCGUGAAAUGGUUUCCGAGUACAACAUUACAAUAACAGCGGUGGAUGAGGGGUUUCCUCCGCGUUCUACUAACAAGACACUGACAUUGAGAAUAUCGGAUGUGAAUGAUAAUGCUCCAGUAUUUGAGAGGCACUCAUACACUGCUUAUGUGAGGGAGAACAACUCUCCCGGUGUAUCCAUAUUUUCACUAACAGCCAGUGAUAAGGACACCGGCAACAACGCCCGUAUUUCUUAUUUUAUAGAUGAUUCGCAUAAAGACGGACUUUCAGUAUCCCCAUUUAUAUCUGUGAAUUCAGAAAGUGGCGUGAUCCACGCAGCGCGUGCUUUUGAUUWUGAACAAAUCAAAGAAUUUAAGAUCUGCAUUAAAGUGCAAGAUGGCGGCUCACCYCCUCUGAGCACCAAUGUGACUUUAACUGUUUUCAUACAAGACCAGAACGACAACGCGCCUCAGGUUCUCUACCCAGUACAAACUGGUGGCUCUCUGGUGGCUGAAAUGGUGCCUCGUUCAGCAGAUGUGGGCUAUCUUGUCACUAAAGUGGUGGCUGUUGAUGUGGACUCUGGACAGAAUGCUUACCCUGUCUCUUAUACACAUCUAGAUGUGUAUAAGAGACAGAUGCAUGGCUCUAAUAUAAACUGCAGAAAGCGACAGACAGGGCGCUGUUUGAAGUGGGCUUACAGAAUGGAGAAAUAA